CACAAUGGUACAGCCAGCAUCACGCUGCACAAUGGUUUCCAGGCAGUGAAAGAGGGUGAUUCAGCAAGCCACUCUUGCUUCCCCUUUUAUUUCAUUGUUAUCAUAUGUUUUCCCUCCCUUUCCCCCCUCUGCUUUAUUUUUUUCCCCAGGGAUUUUAUUUAGUACACUUUUUAAAAAAAUUGGUUUGCCUUGAAGUCACCUGCCCAUCAUUUUAAUUAUUAUUAUUUUUUUAAUACCCCAUCUCUUCCUCCUCAGUUUGGAAUGUGGUUAAAAAUACCACGUAAGGUUGCAGUUUGAGGGAAGGGUUGCUGUACCGGGAGCAUAGUUCGCAGGCACGGAAUGGUAGGUGGUUGAUACUAAUAUUCUACGACUAACCUGCUUUUGCAGGGUGGGGUGAUGAAUAUUGAUUGUUGAUUUAAAAAAAAAAAAAAGAGAGAGCCAGGUUAAUGAAGUAAACUGCUAACCGAUGCAAGAAGGCAGCAGUGUUACAGAGUUUGUGGCCGGAGGACCAUCAUUUUCCUGUAUUUGGGUGUGGCAUUAGAAAUUGGUACCAGCAGCAGGCCAGAUUCAGCUAUGGGAAUUCAGGCAUGAAGUUGACCCCUCUCAAUCAUUUCCUAUAGAUGAGACAUAGCACAAGCUGUGGUAUUUAUGAGCCGCCAUUUCUUGUACUACUGCAGUGAACCUACCCUGGAUGUGAAGAUUGCCUUUUGUCAGGGAUUUGGGAAACAAGUGGAUGUGUCAUAUAUUGCCAAACAUUACAACAUGAGCAAAAGCAAAGUUGACAACCAGUUCUACAGCGUGGAAGUAGGUGACUCGACCUUCACCGUUCUCAAGCGCUACCAGAACUUAAAACCUAUUGGCUCUGGGGCUCAGGGAAUAGUUUGCGCUGCAUAUGAUGCCGUCCUUGACAGAAAUGUGGCUAUUAAGAAGCUCAGCCGACCAUUUCAGAAUCAAACGCACGCCAAACGAGCUUACAGGGAGCUGGUCCUCAUGAAGUGUGUGAAUCAUAAAAAUAUUAUCAGUUUAUUAAAUGUCUUCACACCACAGAAAUCUCUGGAGGAAUUCCAGGAUGUUUACCUGGUAAUGGAGUUGAUGGAUGCCAACUUGUGCCAGGUGAUUCAGAUGGAAUUAGACCAUGAACGAAUGUCUUACCUGCUCUACCAAAUGCUGUGUGGGAUCAAGCACCUUCACUCUGCAGGAAUCAUUCACAGGGAUUUAAAACCAAGUAAUAUUGUGGUAAAGUCCGAUUGCACGUUGAAGAUUCUGGACUUUGGACUGGCCAGGACUGCAGGCACCAGCUUCAUGAUGACUCCCUAUGUGGUGACACGUUAUUACAGAGCACCAGAGGUCAUCUUGGGAAUGGGCUACAAGGAGAAUGUGGAUAUAUGGUCUGUGGGAUGCAUUAUGGGAGAAAUGGUUCGCCACAAAAUCCUCUUUCCGGGAAGGGACUAUAUUGACCAGUGGAAUAAAGUAAUUGAGCAGCUGGGAACACCAUGCCCAGAAUUCAUGAAGAAGCUACAACCCACAGUACGGAACUACGUUGAGAACCGACCUAAGUAUGCUGGUCUUACUUUCCCCAAACUUUUCCCAGACUCUCUCUUUCCAGCCGACUCAGAACACAACAAACUCAAAGCCAGCCAAGCCAGGGACCUUUUGUCAAAGAUGUUGGUGAUUGACCCAGCCAAGCGGAUAUCAGUGGAUGAAGCCUUACAGCAUCCAUACAUUAAUGUGUGGUAUGACCCUGCAGAAGUGGAGGCGCCUCCUCCUCAGAUAUAUGAUAAACAGCUGGAUGAAAGAGAACAUACGAUUGAGGAAUGGAAAGAAUUGAUCUACAAGGAAGUAAUGAAUUCUGAAGAAAAAACUAAAAAUGGAGUAGUAAAAGGACAGCCUUCUCCUUCAGCACAGGUGCAGCAGUGAACAGCAGUGAAAGCCUCCCUCCAUCCUCAUCUGUCAACGACAUCUCCUCCAUGUCCACUGACCAAACUCUGGCAUCUGACACCGACAGCAGCUUGGAAGCUUCUGCAGGACCCCUCGGUUGUUGCAGGUGACUAGCCGCCUGCCUGCGAAACCCAACGUUCUUCAGAAGAUGAGGCAAUUUAGGGGGAAAAUAACAAGAAUAAACGAUGGAAAAGAAGAAAAAUAAAAGAUAAAGAUUUAAAUGAAACAAAACCCUUUUCAGCCUGCUUCUCCUACAGAGUUAUGUAAUGCAGCUAAGCUCAAAUAUAUAUUUAACUUAUAGUUGCUCUGCUUUGGUCUUCUUCCAAUGAUGCUUACUGAAAAAAAAAGGGAAUUAAAGAAGCCUUUUUUUCCCCAUGAAAUGUAAAAUUAAUGGCUGCAAAACCAGCAACCUGCAACUGUCCUUCACACUGGCAUGACAAGGUGUGCAGUAGCCACUCUACAUAUGUAUGUGUGUGUAUCUGAUUUCACUAUCUUGCUAAUCUAUUUUACUACUUCUGACCACUUAGAUAUAGAUACACACACAUUUAUCUCAGUACAUGUACAGCAAACACACACAAAUGUGUAUGAUAGUAUGUGCAACUGUGUAUCUCUAUACAUUAUAUACAGAUACACAGUGUGCACUCUAGAACUAAUUGGCCCAUUUCAUGUGAACAUCUGUAACAUAUUGCCAGUAUAUAAUCUAUUCUGUUUGUUCAUUAAGUUGUAUAUCAUAUAAGAUUUGUAAAAGCAAAAAUAAUAAGUCAAGCCUGAGCUCUCUCAGACCCUUGAAGAUGUAGCACCCAACUUUCAACUGAUAUAUAUAUUUUUAAUAAUACUGGUUUGUAUGGAGGAUGCACAGAAUGGAGAUUUACAAGGAAAAUGUGCAUCAGUUGUGCAUGCUAACAUUUGUUGCUUUGAUUUUUAGAACAGAUAUGAGCUAGGACCAGGUUAAAAGGAAGCACAUCUAUCUUUGGGAGCUGUUGGGGUUGAGGAUGGAGGAGUUGUCCUGUGAAUACCUAAUAUCUCAGCCCACAAGAACUUCAGAGACACACUUUUCAUAGUGAUAAUACAGUGAGUUAUUUUUCUUAGCUUAUAGAUAGGCUUAUCGUUGUUAAUUAUAAUGUAUGUGUGUGUGUUAGGGGCUAAAAUGUGGGGGGAUAAGCUCAGAUAACAACAGGACGGAUGUACACAAUUUUUAUGUAUCAUUUAUGACUAGGUGCUUGGUAAGCCAGGAUUGCAGACAAGGGAUGUUUGCAGUCUACUCCCUCUCUAGGUAUUUGUUGCUGCAAAAGAGUUGAAUUCCCUUUAAAUAAUUUCCCUUGUGGGAAUUACAUUACUUGGACACCACUGGUUCUAUAGUUCCUUUCAGCCUUUCCCCCGGUGACAAAUCAGCUGAUUUCUCAAAAUGCUUCAUCAACUGGGCUACACAUAGCAGGUUAGUAAAUUGAAUGGUCAAAUAUUCUCAUACAUUUAAUAUGCUUUGUCUUUAUUUAACAGCCAGGAGCCAAGCUGAGAGUGUAACAAUCAGGGUCUCAGGCAGCUUUUGCUUAUUUCUAAAGAAGCCAAUAUUGAGUAAAUAUCAAUUGGAUUUUGACAGAUAAUACUUUGAACUUGCAGCAGAGAGUAGUGUCAGGUCUUUUAACAGUGUACACCAACACUACACAAUUGUUUAUGGCAACCGAAGAACAGUUUUUCCUCCUGAAACAGCAAUGAGAAUUUUAGGUAGGCAAAAUGCAACUGUCUGAGUUGGAAUUUAGCCAGGAUUCUCAUCUCUCUCCUCUUAUCCAAAUGUGCUGUGCCAUCUGUAAUGUAUGCCUCAUCCAAAUGGCAGGAAAAGUUAAUUUAAAUAGCUUAUUCUAUUUAACUGUAAUGUAUGACAAUUUUUGAAUCUACAAAUAUUUGAUUGGACAGUUGACAAAUCUGCCAUCCCUAAACUGGGGAAAAUAUCUGAAUAUCAACUGAGAUUUUGUCCAAAGUAAAAAGCGAACAAUAAAGCUUCCACUCAAGUAUGUAAAAUAAAAAUAAAGAAUAAAUGUAAUGUAAUCUCAGAGUUAGUAGCUCUGAGUGGUCUUGAAAUUACACUAUAAAGUAAUUUUUCCCCAGGUAUGUUUUGGUGGCUUUUUUUCCAUGACAUUUUUUCAUAUAUUGAAAACAAAAUUAUGUAUGUAAUUUUUCUAAAAACUCAGUUACAGCAGUAGGUGUGAAAGCAAUAAGUAUAAACAAUAAAUUACUACUGCUAAUAGAUUUAGCAAUAUUCUCUCUUAAAGCCAUGAAAUAUCAUAACAUUAUUUAGCAACAUGACCUUAAUCCAGCCUCAGGUGAAUGCAAAUACUAAUGAAAGUGUUUAAAGGGAUACCACAAUGCAUUGUAGGUGUGUCAAAAGCAAUAACACUGAGGGGGAUUUCUUAGCAAUAAUAGUAGCUAUCAGGCCCAGAUUUCAAUCAUCAUACAUUAACACUAGUAAAAUAUAGAUAAUUCACCUCCAUUUUAUAUCCUCUUGGCAUGAAUCAUUUUGGGUUGUAUUCUCAACCGAAAAAAGCGUGAGUUUCUUGGAGUGACAGAUUAUUAAAUGAGUGCAACUAACUACAAACAUGCCAUAGACUUUCAGAACAAUUUCAGUGAAGUGAUAGUAAUACUGUGAACAUAGCUACAGAGGCAGUAUCUGCGAAGUGCUUUGUAUAGUGCUACUUAAAGUGUGUUUAAUCUCCCAAAUUUAAUCUGUCAAAACUAGGACGAUGACCAUUCUCUUGUGCAGUACAAUUCAUUUUUCCCUGGGCUCAUGAAAAGGGAUGUGAUCACCAUAAAAGAUGUCCCAGUGAUUGGCACUAUAGGAAUCCCUAAGAUAGAGAAUACAGUUUAUCUAAAUGCCUGUCUAAGGCCCUGAUUCAUCAAAACACCAAUGCGUGUGCCUAAGUCACACACAGGUCAAUGGACUUUCACAUAUGCUUAUAAUUAAGCAUAUGCUUUAGUUCUUUGCUGAAUAGGGAUGAACAUAAUUAAGUGCUCUGCUGAGUUGUGGCCUAAGUAAACAAUCAUAGCAUUUCUUUUUGUCCUUAAAUUUGUCAAUCUUCCUUUUGGGCAGCUCUGCUCUUUGAAGGGUGCAAGGCUCUCCACCCUGGACAAAGCUAUCAGCAAAUGAGCAAUAGACCUUGUCGGAUCUGUCAGAGCUGGAGUAACAACCCCUCAAACCUGAAUAGUAUCAUUCAUUUUCCCUUGGCUCAGGAAGUUGAUGCUGUCAACAUGUAACCUAAAGGAAUACAGGUACCGAUCAACUAGAAACUACAGUGACUGAUGCUCUGUAAAUACCUAUGGAUAGAUAAAAACCUUCAUAGCUUCUAGAAGUUCCAGACAUCGGUGUUUCAAGCCUUUUCCUCAUUAGUUCAAUAUUGUAGCCAGCAUGAAAUGAUAGUUGCUCUUAUUCUUUCUCUUGCAAGUGAUUUUUAAAUCUACCUCUGUUUUUAAUAGUAAUUAAUACCUCGCACUUAUAUGCUUUCAAAGUGCUUUACAGCUAAAAUAAUGGAGAGAAUGAGACACACUCUGGCUAAGGGCUAGAUUUAAUGCCUGAAACUGCCGAUAGGAACCUAUGCACUUUUGCAAUAUCCCACUAGGCAUCUAACUUUCAUUGACUUCCAUUGAAUUUAGGUGCCUAGGUGCUUUUGAAAAUUCCACUAGGCACCUAUCUGCAUCUUCAGGUGUCUGAUACCUUUAAAUACCUGCCCUUAAGUGACUUCCUUAAAUCAUGUUGAUAGCCACUGGCAGAGUAAGGUGAUUGCCAAUCUCUGUUCUGAACACUAGUUAAAGUCACUUUAAGAAACUGUAGAGGAAGGAAAUGAUUGAAGAACCUUUCCAAUGGGGCUACUACAUCUUCAGGGGCAUCUUUCUAAGUUUCUGGAUGGUAUGAGAACCCUACAGGAAUUACAGUGUACUAAUGCUUCUAAGAGACUGAUAUUUUUCCUUGUUUGAACGUGAAGGAGGUUGAAAUAAACAGAUGGUUAUGCAGGUCUAGCUAUUGGUAUGGAGAUUAACCUUGCUCCUGCAAGCUUGAUGGCUAUUGGAAGAGUGGUUUCUUUUUAGGCUUGCUCUGGUUAUGCAACACCCACAAUGCAUGACUGACUAAUCAUUUCCCUUAUAGAAAAAUAUAGAAUGUAACAGAAAAUUAUCACCAGCCUAUAGAAUUUAAAUAGAGGUAUAAUUUUCUGCUAUAGGAUUCUAAAGAUUGGUUCACUAAAUCUCCAUAAAGGAUAAUAUCCAGAGAGCCCUACUGGUUUCAAUAAAUUCUAAAGAAACAUUCCAUGAGGAUUGUAAUGUAUCUUUAGACAAUUAAAGUAUUUCUUUAAGUUGGUCCAACACUGAGAUGUUUGCAACUCACAUUCUUCUUCUGAAUUAUUCUAAUUUACAUGGGAUGCCUGAUGUAACCUCAAGUUCAGUAGAUUACUACAUCACAUAGCAUUUAAGUGGAAGUACACUUACGGUAGCUUAUUUUUUUUUAAUCAAAAAUAGAACCAAGAUGACAAACACAUCCCUAAGUCAUUGAAUUUUUCCUUUUGAAAUUCUUUUCUUCAUGGCAUAAAUCUGUAACUCCAAGAGGUGGCAACAUUGGCUAGAUCAGAUGAUGCUGUGGCAAUACCACUCACUUUGCUAAAUUUACAAGCCAAGCUGAGGCUCCCAUAUGUGGUUUUACCUUCAGGCUGUUACCUGGUGCUUACUGAAGAAACUAGAUUUAUGUUAGUGCCCUGAGGACAAUUUCCAUAACACUAUCCCUUCAUUAAAUCCCAUCCAAAUUGAUACUAUUGAGUAGAGCUGGUUGGAAGUUUUCUAACAACAUUUUUUUUCAUCUGAACAUGCUGAUUCAUCAGAACCCAAACUGUUCGCGAGACAGGAUUGGUUUUGAUGAAGCUUCCAAUUUGAAAAAAUUUGGAGGGAGAAAAAGGUUUUGAAAUUGCCACAAGUCCCAAAUUGACCUGAUCUGCUAUGUAUUAUUAUGAUCAAUUUGCAGAAAUUUUUCAAGAUUUUCCCUAUUUGGGACAAGACAAAUUUUCAAAAUCUCAAAUUCUCAACCCAUCUAUACUCUUUAGUGUUUCUGAGGAGAGGAACACAGAAGGAAAACCUGUUGGGAAAGAAUUAGAUUUUUGUUAAAUAGUCAGGCAAACACAAGUGUGAGUUAGCUGUUUAGGUUUGCAUUUUUUCUGCGUGCAUGAGUAUGUGUAUGUUUUUAGGUUCUUCGUGAUAUACUAAUAUUUGAUCCAAAUUUCUUAAUGUGGAAAAUGAUCCUGUAAACUUAAUCAAACCUUGCAUCUUCAAGAAUCUGAUAGUUGUGCUUGUUUCAAUUUACAUCAGUUUUCAAAGGAUACCAUUAACUUGUGACAGGCUGAAGACGAACUUUAAAUAAAUAUACCCCCUACACAAACAAAAUAACAAUGUUCAGCAGAUUUGAAUAUUCCACAACUAUGUAAUGUCUUAAUUAGAAAAAAUUGUUUGUCAUCUUUGAGGAGUAGGAAAAUAGCUCUGUCCAAUGUAAUUUAGUGGAAUCCAUGAGAUAUAUUAGGAACUUGUCAGUAAGACCUAAUAUCUCUUUUUUUUAAUUCGGUAUUGAUUGCAAGAGCUGAAUUGUUUAAACCUCAUUUCUGUUCAAUCUUGUUGACAAAUGUCAGGUUAAGGCUUUUGGAGAAGGUCCAAAUCUGCAAAAAGAACAUUGAAAACUCCUGCCAAGGCCAAGUGAGUCAUUUCCAGCUGAGGCUGAAAGGUUGAAAUGUAUAUACUCAAGUAAGACUUGGCCACUUUGGAAACUAAAAUACCCUCAUCAGUUUAGACAGGCACACUUGUUCUCUUUGCUAAUUUCCACUGAACAGAGCCAUCCUUUUCUUCUAGAAAACCAGAUAUUUACAAUGUAAAUAGCUGAACUGAUUCUAUCCUUCUCUGUAACUAAUAUGUAAUAAUUCACCACCUCAGCUUGUUGGAUCUUUUUUAAAAAAAAAUCACUGUAUGCCUAAAUGUAGUUGACCUCUGGCUAUUUCCUUGAUCAGGCAUGUACUGAGAAGGAAGAUCCCAGGGGUUUGUGUAUAUAAAGAAUCAUGUAUAUUUAGUAAAUUAAGCGGGACUUACGGCCAGUAUACAUUAAACAACAACAGUAACAAAAUCUCCAAAACCUAACUAGGAAAAUGAACUGUCACCUUGCCAUGUCCAUUCUGUAAUAAGACACCUGCCUGUAGUCCUGCAUGAGCGGACUUCAAAGUAUAACUGACAUUAGGGACUGUAACAUAUAAGUGUUGAUAAAAGUAGAUUAUUAAAAAAACCAAAAAGCCAAUUAAGGUUCAGCAUGAAGACUGGGGGAUAAAUGUCCAACUUUGUUGCAAGAUCCUAGAUUGAAGCAGUAGCUAGAACCACUAAGCAUGGAUAAACUGAAAAUAUUACCAUUUCCCCCUCCUUACAUUGUUUUCUUUUUUCUCCUUAUAUGUUCCCUCUGGUUGGUGUAAGGGCCCCAUAUUAGCUUUGGAUUCAUUCAUCGAUAGUUUUGAGUUAUUAAAAGCAGAAGGGACUUUCCUUCCCCCUUCAUGUCAAAAGGAAAUCUUGUCUGAGUUCUUCUCAUGAAGAUACUUUUCACUGGUAUACUGAUUUGCUUUUGUUUAGUUGGUUUUUAGUGUUCCAGAUAAAUAACAUAGUGUAGUAAACCAUACUGAUAUAGGACCUCAUUAUGCAUGUCAUCUGCACACAUUAACUUCAGUGAGACUUUGGGUGCACCAAGUCAUGUAGGGUCAGGAUUCAAAUGAAAUACUUUAAGUACUCUAUGUGUGAAGCCCCAAGUGCACCUCUGUGACUGUACAUUGGGAAAGCUGCUGAAUUUUACAGAAUGGGACCCUCCUUACCUGUGAAGAAGCUGUAGCCAAUGAGUGAACUUCACUCCUCCUCCUUAGGGCACCUGUAUGAGGUCUGUGCUUUACUUAUGCCCUACUUUGAGGAGUUAGUGUUGUGGAGGCCUUGUUAAGGGCUCUCUGCACAGGGGUGUAUUUCACCUACUGAACAUGUAUGUAUGUCAAGACAGACUGUUCCAAUAAGGAAUGUUUGGGUUGCUUUCUUUAAGAACUAGCUCUAUACUAAUUUAAUUAAAAUAGUUUUAUCCAAGAAAUCCUAUUUGAUCUUCAUGUGGUGGGUGAAAUGAGAAAAGGCAAACAUAGUGAGCCCUUACAGCCCUCUCUAUUUUCUUGCCCCUUUUCCUUCACCCCUUAUUAAGUUAUGGAGAUAAAAAUCAGCCUAAAGCAACUCUCAACUUACUUCAAUGCCUUUAAGGAGCAGAAUAGAAAAAAGAGUGGGGUUUGGGUAACAUUACUAUUGUAAAUCAGUGAUAAGCAAGGAAUUCAAAUGUAUUUUUGUGUUAAGAUAGUGAUAUGAUUAGGCUAUGCAGAGCUGAGUCCCCUACAGUAACUAGGCAAAACAAGUUGAGCAUUGUGGUCUAUUCUUCUUCCAGUUUUCAUGCAAAGAAAUGGGCCAAAACUAAAACAUUUAAUUCAAACCCCAUUGAUUUGCUGCAGAAUUUGGAUUUAAAACCCAGGAUCCAAACACCUUUAUAAGGUUCCAAAAUGGAACGGGGUGGUGGUGGGAAUAUUUUCCAUUUAAAUGUACUUGAAAUCUUCCAAUACAGGGUUUUUGUGAGGCUUGCACCUCUCCAGCAUAGAAGUAAAAAUCUUUAUGAGAACACUUCAUGAGAUCUCUGAAUCCAAAUCCACACACUAGCCAUAUUUUGACUUCAAACAAACCCUGAAUCCUAAAUUAUAGUGGUUCUAGAGCAGGAUCUGGCCAUUGCUGUUGCAUAUCACAUAAUGCCCAUUGACCUUGAUAGGGAGCCGUGGUUCAAGCAGUUUAAAAUAAUACACCUCUAACUUGAAAUUUCAGUUCUUUAGUCUGCUGCUCUCACUUUUAAUUUCACUUAUUUUGGUGAAAAGUAGUUUGUUAUAGAAAGAUUGGUUAUGGCAAAUAAUCUAUGUUGAAUAGCAUUUAUAGAAAUGAGGCAAAACUUUACCUGUCUAUUUGUUCAGAGCACAUAGGAAAGAGAACGGUAUCAUCAUUGGGAUUAAGAUCAGCAAGUAAAUUUUGUGCCUGGCAAAAAUUCAUAAGGAGACUGUAAAGCUGGAUUAAGCAUAUUAGUGCAGGUUCUAAUUCAUUUUAGAUGUUUGAUAUGGCUUCAGUCCAUUUGAAUGGUAGAGGCAGAUGCUGGUGUGAUGGAAAACUAAAGCCUGAUGGUCCUAUAGAUUGAAACUGUGGCCAACAACCAGUCAUUUUGGCUUUCUCCACAUUACUAAUGGCACAAGCCUUUUCUCUUGGGGUUUUUUGGGGGUAGCAUAAAACAAUUGUUUAUGAAAAAACACAUUCUCCAAUUAACUGCUCUCUGGCUAAGACCUUCUUCAAACCAAUACAAAUAAAGCAUGAACUCCAUUUUAGGUUAAUAAACUGUGCCUUCUCCAGCAGAUGGUCAUGAUUUUUAAUCAUAAUGUUCUUCUGAACUCUCCUAUUAACUGCACAGCUUGAAGCGCUUAGCUAGCAUGUCUUCAAGAAGAUGUGAUUAUGGGUCUCUUAGUGUAUGUGAUGCAUUGUGAGCAAGUUUAGUUGGUUUAAUUACUAGUGAUUUCUUAAUGGAUUUGUCAUAUUGUAAAAUGGGCCUCGGGGAAGGAUUAAUUACUGUUUGUCUUGUUGAUGCCUCCGUUGAAGGCUUUGUCCAUAUCCCAGCAGGACACACAUUUGUAUAUAAUAGUAACUGGGCCAGUGAAAAAAAUAGCUACUUUUCUGAAUGCUUAUGCCAAGUCUCCUUAUAGGGAGCAGCUGGCUUUCAGCUCUGCAGUGAGAUACUGUAAAUGUGGAACAAAGGAUUUGAACAUCUAAAACUUUUCCCCUUCAAAGGAGGAUUGUGAAAGGAAUUUCAAGAUGGUUAACAACUUCCAGCUCUGGCUGAUGUGAGAUGCAGGUAGAAAAUGUAUGAUCUCAUCUUAAUACAAACUAUAUUUUGGUUCCAGGAUAUUCAAGAGACAAGGUGGGUGAGGUCAUAUCUUUUACUAGACCAACCUCUGUUGGUGAGAGAGACAAGCUUUCUAGCGACACAAAGCUCUUGCUUGUCUUUUUCACCAAUAGAAGUUGGUCCAAUAAAAAGCUAUUAACUCAUCCAUCUUGUUUCUCUACAAACUAUAUAGGCAGACAUUGAAAUCAUUCUCUUUCAUUUUCCAGGAACAACCAAUGGUUUAGGGAAUGUGUGGGGUGGAAAAUCUUUUAAGGUCAUCUAUUCACUGAUUGACAUAUGUUAGGGAGGAACAGUCCUGUAUAGAUAUGGGCAAGAAAUCAUCUGCAGGUGCCAUGAAAAUACCAGCCGCACAAAUGAAGUGACACUGGAAUUGGACCAUUGAGUCCAGUAUGUGACAGGGAUCAGUUCCCGAGGCAUCAGGCGUAUAGGUGGUGGAAAAUACCCCUCAGUGUGCCGUAAUAUAUAUGAUGGUGCAGAAAACAGUUCUUCUUGGCGAUCAAUUUAUGCCGGGAGGCAUCAGGAUUAUUUGCCUUACAUUCUCCAAAACCAGAUCUUAUCUUUUCAUCUUCAGUCCUUCUGCCUUGCCCUAAAACUAGGGAAAAUAAUUACUAGUGGGCUGAACUCUGAUAAGACCUCAAGCCAGGAGGAGAGAUUUGCGGGGUCCCUACAAAUCAAAUGUGGACCAGGUUUGCCAGUGAGGUUAAAAAAACCCAAACAAAACAAGCCUUGAGUCUAGCCUGAAACAAAUUUAGAGUGAACCUACACUCUUUAUUGUAGAAUAUUGAUUUUUUAAUGACCCCAAACACUGUAUUAAUUAGCAAACCUAUCAUAAACUGUCCUGGUUGCAGCUCUUGCUUUAAGGUUUACAUAAGGACAGGCUAUGUUUCAGGUAGAACAAUCAGACUCAAUACUGCAUGAUUUUAACCCCAAUUUAAGGGAGCAUGAACAAAGAGAAAUUUAAAUGAAGAGUUUGCAUAAAACCUUUCUAAAGAGAAAAACUGCUAAUUUCCAUAGAGCCCCUAGCCUGAAGUGGGAGGUCUAAGAAAAAGAGAGGGACUGCUAUUUAAAGUCACUGCACCUAGUGAGAAAUGAAACCCUAUAUCUGAAUAUUGUGAACUUUGGAGUUCUAAGGCAGAGCCCUGGUCAAACUGCAGCUCAAGCCCAAUGACAUAUCAUGUGGGUUCUUAGCAGUGGCAGAGGAUUGCUUUUUGUAUUCAGUUUCCUGAAAGGUCAGUGCAUAUUAUUUAAGUGUAAAUGCACUUACCCCUAGUGUUCUCUCUGGCACUGUAGACCUUCUCAUCCUCUUCCCCACUCCAAAAGAGAGGCAAAUGCAGCAACACUCACCAUUGGUGACUCCAGUUGAACAAGUGGUAGCACUACUGAGCUGUUUGCUUUUAUCUUGCGGACCUCCUGCAUGAUCAGUUCAAAUGGAAUGAGUAUGUUAAUGGCAGAGGCAAUAAAAUUACAGUGUCACUACAAUCUUUCACUCACCAGCAGCAAAAUGUAUGAUUGCUAAAACUUAGGGAAUGAAUUGUUAUAAUGAGUAUUAACUAUCCUUUCUCCUUUUCUGGUGUUAAUGACAUUGACCGAAUAACAGAAGUGUCACCUCUAACAUCUUUAACAGUGCAGCAUACAAUGCAAUCUACAUAGGCACAGCCACUACUCUUUAAUGCACAAAGUGUGUUGGUGCCAUUGUGACACACAAUGAAGCCAGAGCUCAGGGACUUGGAGAAAGAUUCCACUCCAGAUUUGCAAUGCAUCUUUCAGCAAGUUGACUGUAGUAUUGUUUUAAUUGCAAACCCUUUAGUGGACAUAGCUCACACUGGAUUUAGAGCUGGACAGGGCAGAGUUGACAACCAAGAAUAUUCCCCAGUUAUUCCCUGCCUAUGCUGGUUUGUACAAAACUUCUCCUAUGAUUGCAGUUUUCACAUUACUCUUCUGAUUGUGGCCUUGUAAAGCUGUAUGUAUAACCUCUUUUAGAAGAACACAAGUGAAGGAACAUGAGGCGAAGCAAGAUCAUCAUCUAAAGGCAAGAAUGUACUGAAGGCAUCUGGAACCAAACCAAACCAGUGCUCCUAUCAGUUCUGUACUGCAUUUCUUCCCCUACUCUGUGCAAACUGUGCAGUUUAUCAUGUUCUUGAUGCUCAUGGACAUUUCAGGUAAUGCUGCUUUUCUUAGAACAAGCACGUUUCUGCAGCAAGUUUUCUGUUUUUUUAAAAAAACAAAAACAAACAGUUGCCAGUUACCUUUAUGGUGUGAGUUGUGUCUUCUCCAAGGGAAGACAAUGAAGGAAAAACUCAGAUGGAUCCUUCACAAGUGUCACUGGCAGACACAUUUUCAAAGCAUUGUAUGGGAUUUUAGCCAUGGCGAGUCCUGUGAAAAUCAUUUGCAAGCCUGUGCCUAAAAUCCCACAAAAGUUAUGGAAAAGUUUGACUUGGUCUUUGGAAGAAAGUGUGUUCAUUUACACACUAGGGUUUCUCCAACUGGUACUGACCGCUGAUAAGCAUGAGACUAGUUUGAUGAAACUCACCUCCACACAAGAAAAUGAAUGUGUCAAAAUGGAGAUGACAUGCUUGCAUUGUUCUUUCUUUCAGAUAGCUUGGUUGUUUAGUUUGCUGUAAUAUAGGAAAGGGGAAUUAUUUCCAGGGGGCAUAGCUACAUUGCUUUCUCCCCACCUUCACAUUGUCUUUGCUUCUUUCAUCUUUUCAUGUAUGCUCUUACAGAGUCCACUGAUAUUAAACCCCAUGGAAAUAAAAUAUAACACCAAUGAGCCCUGAUACAGUAAAAGCAACUGGAGAAUGCUGUAAUUAUGUAGACCCCUGCUGAAAACCCCAUUUAAAGUAUGUUUAACACACAGCCUACUUCCCAAACAAAAGCAAGUUAUCUACCUGUAAUUCUUACCAUCUAAAAUCAAUUAUUUAGUGGAUUCCUACCCUUGGGUAUAUGCUUUCUAUGUGCACCCACACUGCAUAAGGUUGCUGAGGUAGUACAGAGUGAGGGAUCUAUUGCAACUGGUAACUUUGGAGAAAAAUUACCUAUUUAUCUGUAAUUCUUAUUGCUUCCCAAAAAUAUAAUGUAUGAUAAAAUCCUACCAUUAGGUCCAGCCUUCAAGUAUAGUAAAUUAAUACAUAGUGAGUUCUCUCAGAGGAAGCAUAGAUUCAAAAUACCAUUUGUUUGAAAUAACUGCUUUCAGAUCCAGUUUAGUGUAUAAUGAAAUUAUCUCUCUGAUGUGGUACAUCUGUCAGGUAAUCCAGAAACAAACUGCAAUUUGGCAGUGUUGGGAGCUGCCAUCAGAGAGGGUCUAACUUUGUCACCAUGCUAAUUAAUAUCUUCAUCUGUAAAUGGUCCAUUUUAGUAUCAUUCACAAAGGAGUGGCAGAAUCAGGUCCAAAGACAGUGUGACGUAGCUUUGAUAAUACCCACCUAUCGAAUUGGAAUAGUUUCAACUACCUGGUGUUCCAAAGAACCUACACAUUUCCAAAUCACUUCUGAUUAAUCAUUCUCUAUUUAAAUCUUAAGGGCUCAGUGAGGUUAGUAUGAGGUUAGUUAUCAUCUACACAACCCUAAUGCUCCCUAGCAUAGCAAAAUUUAUGACAGUCUCUCCAUAAAGUUAAUUUCAUGUCUUCUAUUUGUAAGUAGAACACUCCAAUAAGAGAUAUUACAUCCGAUAUACAGUAGGUAAAAAUAAGAUCAAUGCAUUCUCUUUAAAAGAUGACAAUGUAGUGUGACACUUACUGAUUAAGGAAGUCAUUUUGCCCUGUCAGAAGGCUUUUUUUUAAUUGUGAUUAUACUCAAAUCCAGGAUACAUUGUUUAGAGCAGAUGUCCCCUAAGAAAAGUCAUAUUUGUAUCAGCGUUAUACUCUUGCUCUGAGGAACUAAUGAAUUUGCAUUUUAUAGCAAAGAGCAUGCAAGGAGGGUAUAAUUCCACUGAAUUACUGGCAUACAUGCUAUAACGGUAAUAUGCAAGGAACAGUCACAUCACAGUGUGAAUGAGAGCAAGAGCACGUUAUGUUACUUUUGCAGAAAAAAAUCAAGUGGAAUAGGAUUUAGGGUAAUACAUAGCACCAAGAAAUUGAAGAAUGAGCUAGAAAUCUGCUGUUUUCUAAGUAAAUGGAGAUUAUUUGCCAAGCCAAUUUUUCUGUAAAAUUCCUCACCCAAGAGAUGACUGAAUUGACACUAUUUAAGCAUAUGCAUUUCUCUAAGUACCAGUUAUUUGCUAGUUUAAAGAACUGAGGAUCUACCACAUUCAUACCUGUCCUGAAAUGCAAUCUGUAUCAUUAUUUACACUAUCUAGAAAUGCACAGUAUGUGAAAUAAGAGACCUGUCUUAAGCCAUUGUCCAAAGAGAUGGCAAAAGUCAGUUAGAAGGUAGUGCAGAACUGGUCUUAAGGGUCUUGAUUCUGUAUUGCCUCAUGGCGUUGUUUAUACACGUGACAAUUUGUGCAAUACAUGCCUAUUCUGAGUGGGAAGUGUUGCACACACACACCCACCCACCAGUAUUGACACAAGGUGCAGGAACUCAGAUAUUAUGACAGGUUUCAGAGUAGCAACCUUUUCUUUUUUCAGAUAUGAUGGGGAUGGAUGACCUUAGGCCCAAGGUAUUUGGGCGUGGGUCUCAGUACAGGAGGCUGCCUAUUAAUUAGGGUGUCUUGUUCAGAUUUUACUGUACAUAAUUUUAGCACACUUUUCAAGGCACAAUGAAAGGAUAUGGUUAGGAGUUAUCACCAUAAUUCAAGGGUAUUACAAUGCACAAGGCAUAGAGUCAUUCUUUUUAUUUUUCCAGGAAUGCAACUGUCUCAUUCGUAAUAAUAGAGGUAGCACAGUAGCUUUAUUGCUAUUGCUUAAACCUUCGUGAGGGAAGAAAAUGAAGUAGGCUAUAAUGAGUGUUGAACAACAGUUUCAGCCAAGCCAUGUGAUUUACAUAAAUUAAUGAACUGAUACCUUAUUAGCAUGCUGAUCAGCUAGUCAGAACAACUCUGUCAUUAUAAGCAAUUUUGUAUCUGGUGCUACGUUUAGCAUUGCAAACUGAUGGAUGCACACCUGAGAGUCAUGUCAGUAGGAAAUGAUUUCAUGACAAUCAUUUCUGUGUUAGUAGAUAACAAAUUAAAUCAGCACAGUGGGACAAAGCAACAUAUUCCGAUUGGAAAUGGUCUUAAUACAGGAAAAUGCUUGAAAAAAAAAUUAAACUGCUACUUACAGCCCAGAUCCUAAGUCGGAUUCCACACCACAUGUGCUGGUGGAGGGCCAGGUUUGGAGACCCUGGGCCAGGAGAUGCCCCUUCGCUGGUUGUUCUCCCUACUCUAAAGGAGGGAAGAGGAGUAAGGGGAGGCAUGUCAAAAGAACAGCCUAUGAGUUCACACAGAGUGUGAAUCAAUAAGUACCAAGCCCCUGCACUGGAGGGAAGCUGCAGGCCAUGGCACCUGUUCUGCCUUCCAUAACCUGGGGGAGUUUCUCUGCUGUGACUUGCUUUAGCAGUGUCCUGGACACAGUUACUUAGGCUUGGCACUCGUUUUCAGAAUUUACAAACAUAUAAUUUGAUUGAUGCUUUUUGUUCUAGUUGUCACGUCCAUCACUGAGCAACAGAAAAUACAACAUUGUUUUCACAUUGAAUUUUAAUGUGACCUUUUGGUUAGCUGGCAGAAUUCUACAUUAAGUCUCUCACCAGGCCUGUUUUAACCAACUCCCAGGACUUUGACUUACCUCCCCUUAAACUCAGAAGACUGAGGCAGGCAGCUCUCAAGGCUGGAAAAGAAAAUGCCAUUCUUCAGGCCUGCAGGAUUUAAAAAAAUGACUGAAAGGCGAUUUUAACUAACAGGAGGGUAAUAAAUUGUGGAGUGC